AUGCGGAUUCUCGGCUUCCUCUGUUUGACCCUGCUGGAGAUCCUGGCGUCAGUGUCAGGGACUGACAAUGGCAAGACGACCGACGUGACUUGGGAUAAAUACAGUCUUUCCGUCAAAGGGGAGAGACUGUUUGUUUUCUCUGGCGAGUUCCACUAUCAAAGACUCCCUGUGCCUGAGUUAUGGUUGGAUGUCUUUCAGAAGCUACGUGCGAAUGGCUUCAAUGCGAUCUCGGUUUACUUCUUUUGGAGCUUCCACAGCGCCUCCGAAGACGAAUUCGACUUUGAAACCGGUGCGCAUGAUAUACAGCGUUUGUUUGACUAUGCCAAAGAAGCGGGUCUCUACGUGAUCGCCCGAGCAGGCCCUUACUGCAACGCGGAGACCUCGGCUGGAGGGUUUGCUCUUUGGGCCGCAAAUGGGCAGAUGGGCAGCGAACGGACGAGCGACGAGGCCUACUACGAAGAGUGGCAUCCGUGGAUCUUGAAGGUAGGAAAGAUCAUUGCCGACAACCAGAUCACCAACGGGGGUCCUGUCAUUUUGAAUCAGCACGAGAAUGAGCUCCAGGAGACGGUAUAUGACUCUGACAACACGCUGGUCAAGUACAUGGAGCAGAUCGCGGAUGCGUUUGAUGAUGCCGGUGUCGUGGUUCCCAGCAGCCACAAUGAAAAGGGCAUGCGUGCUGUUAGCUGGUCCACGGAUUAUCACAAUGUCGGCGGCGCCGUCAAUGUUUAUGGGCUUGAUUCGUAUCCGGGCGGAAUGUCUUGUACAAACCCUAAUUCUGGAUUCAACCUGGUCCGGACGUACUACCAGUGGUUUCAGAAUUACUCCUUUACGCAACCCGAGUACGUGCCGGAGUUUGAAGGAGGCUGGUUCCAGCCUUGGGGUGGCUCAUUCUACGACAGCUGCGCAGCGGAAUUGUCGCCCGAGUUCGCAGAUGUCUAUUACAAGAACAAUAUCGGGUCGCGGAUCACGCUGCAGAACCUUUAUAUGGUCUUCGGGGGUACUAACUGGGGCCACAGUGCAGCGCCAGUGGUCUAUACAUCGUAUGACUAUAGUGCACCGCUUCGUGAGACCCGAGAAAUUAGAGACAAGCUGAAGCAGACCAAGCUGAUAGGUCUUUUCACACGGGUAUCGACCGAUCUCGUCAAGACAGACAUGGAAGGUAACGGUACCAGCUACACCAGCGACGAGAGCAUCUACACCUGGGCUCUACGGAACCCAGAUACGAAUGCUGGAUUCUAUGUUGUUGCACAUGACACCAGCUCAUCUCGGGAGGUAACUAAAUUCAGUUUGAAUGCCAAUACCUCCACUGGGGCAAUUUUAAUCUCAGAUAUCGAACUAGACGGCCGCCAAAGCAAGAUCAUUGUGACAGACUAUCGGGUUGGGAAUAGCACAACGCUAUUGUAUUCCUCGGCGGAAGUCUUGACAUAUGCGAUUCUCGACGUGAAGGUUGUUGUUUUUUAUUUGAAUGUGGGACAGAAGGGCGUGUUUGCAUUUAAAGAUGCGCCAUCAGAUCUGGAAUUCAAGACCUAUGGCAGCUCCAACGUCAGCACCUCUGAGACUAGCCAUGGGUCACAGUAUGCAUACACUCAGACUGAGGGUGCAACAGUGGUGAAAUUCUCAAAUGGAGUGCUAGUCUAUCUUCUCGACCAAAAAUCCGCGUGGAAUUUCUUUGCACCUCCGACCAUAUCGAAUCCAAAGGUGAAUCCAGAGGAGCAUAUCUUUGUUCUAGGACCGUAUCUCGUUCGUGGAGUUUCGAUUGAUCGUGAUACUGUAGAGAUCACAGGUGAUAAUGCCAACACCACGUCUCUCGAGGUAUAUACGGGCGAUGCGAAUGUACAAAAAGUGAAGUGGAAUGGAAACGAGAUCCAGACCACAAAGACCCCUUAUGGCAGUUUGGUUAGUAAGGCACCGGGAGCGGAGGAUGUGGAUAUUUCGUUGCCCACGCUUGGACCAUGGAAGGCUCAAGAUACACUCCCUGAAACCCAACCCGAGUAUGACGAUUCAAGGUGGACCUGGUGUAACAAGUCCAAAUCGGUCAACUCCAUCAGCCCACUGUCUCUUCCCGUGCUGUACUCUGGCGAUUACGGGUACCAUGCCGGGACUAAGAUAUAUCGAGGGCGAUUCGACGGGACAAAUGCCACUGGUGCUAACGUCACUGUUCAAAAUGGCGUUGCAGCAGGGUGGGCAGCUUGGUUGAAUGGAAAGUACGUCGGGGGUUCCGCCGGGGAUUCUAGACUUGUGGCAACCUGGGACGUUCUUGACUUCGACCGUUCGACCCUCAAACCAUACGGUAAUAUUCUUACCGUCGUAGCGGACUAUACCGGCCACGAUCAGAAUAGCCAAAAGCCUUUGGGGACGCAGAACCCGCGUGGAAUUAUGGGAGCGACGCUGGUAGGAGGAGGCAACUUCACAUCAUGGCGGCUCCAAGGCAACGCAGGCGGGGAACAGAACAUUGACCCAGUCCGUGGACCGAUGAAUGAGGGUGGAUUAUAUGGCGAGCGGAUGGGCUGGCACUUGCCCGGAUACACACCACCCGAGUCGGCCUGGGAUAGCAGUCCUCUAGACGGGGUGUUGGGAGCUGAAGGUCGAUUCUACACGACCAGCUUCAAAUUAGAUCUCGACCGCGACCUGGAUGUGCCAAUCGGGCUACGGGUAGGUGCUCCCGAAGGCACAGAAGCGGUGAUCCAGAUCUUCAUGAAUGGAUAUCAAUUCGGCCACUACCUCCCGCAUAUUGGACCGCAGACGACAUUCCCCUUCCCACCGGGAGUGAUCAACAACCGGGGAGAGAACAAGCUGGUGAUUAGCAUGUGGGCAUUAACGGAUGCGGGGGCGAGGCUGGAGCGAGUGGAGUUGGUGGCCUAUGCAAAAUAUCGCAGUGGGUUUGAUUUCAAUCAAGACUGGGGAUAUCUGCAGCCGGGCUGGAAGGAGGACCGGGGCACAUAUGCAUGA